ACGUAUGCAUGUAAGUUCAUGUUCCGACGUUAAGAGGUUUAUAGAAAUCCAGCCAGCUAUAUAAACCUCCUCCCAUCAGUUCCAAAUCAGAAACCAAAAAACUUCGAUCAAGGACUAACAACACUAGGAACCGAAAGGAAUUAAUAUUUAUUUUAUCUUUAACUUAUUUAUCAACAUGAUGAUGAUGCUUGUGUGUCUGCUAGUGCUCUCUAUCGUUAGGGACUCCCUCCAGCACGGCUAUUUGAUUGACCCUCCCUCCAGAUCCUCACUUUGGAGGGUCAAUAAAAAGGCACCCCCAAAUUAUAACGACAACCGACUCUACUGCGGGGGCAGAAGCAAAAUUCAGCAGUUUGGGGGUUUGUGUGGACCCUGUGGGGACCCUUACGACGGUGAAAGGGAAAACGAGGCUGGAGGAAAAUAUGCUCUAGGAAUUAUAUCCAAACAAUUACCUGAUGGAGCCAAAAUUCUCGAAACAAAAGUUGUCAACACAGCCUUUCACAAAGGAUACUACGAGUUCCGAAUCUGUGCCAACAAUGAUGUCACUAAAGCGGUGACGCAGGACUGUCUGAACGAGAAUUUGAUGACGGUUAUGGAGGGUGAUGAUAGGUACCCCACGCGCUUCUACCCUCCAGGACCCGGGGAACAUCUUGUGCACGUGAAUCUUCCAGAAGGCAUGAAGUGUUCCCAGUGCGUUGUACAAUGGCGUUACAGAACAGGAAACAGCUGGGGUCGAGACUUGGACGGCACUGAAUGUAUCGGCUGUGGAGUCCAAGAGGAGUUCCGGAAUUGCGCGGACAUCAGCAUUGGUUCCGUGGACGACAAAGACCAUAAAACCCAGAAUGACAACAAAGAAACAUCGGAACCACUGGUGACAGAAAGCAACAUACACCCCAGGUUCAGGACUCAGCGGACCUUCGCUCCAAACACACAUAAAGAGCCAAUCACCACCACACCAUUCCCGGUUAUUAGUAAGAUUCGUCAACCGGAAGCUCCUACCUUCACGGUAGACCAUCUGUGGAGUAAGACCCAGUUUGUUCGUCCUCGCAUCAGCAUCGACAUGAACCAACACAGAGAACCUCCAAGUACGCCUAAGCCAGCUCCACGAAUUUCCUUCUUGGAGCCUUUAACUACGACGGAGAGUCCAGUUGUUGAGACAACCACUCUAACAUCGAUGGAGGCUCGUCUACAGAAGAUCAGGAAACUUCAGAGACUGGCCGCCCUCGCUAUACAGAUGAAAACCUUGCUCAACACACUGCGUCAUCUACCCGUGUUUCAAAACCUCAACCUUGGAAUACUGGACAAAGAGUUGAUGGGCCAAAAAGAAGCUCCGUGGAACAACUUGGCUAGACCAACUGUAACCGAAAAACCGAAGCAGUCGAGAACUUUCCCUUGGGAGUCUGGAAUGUCCCUGAAUCAAAUCAAAUCAAAACCUGUUACCAAAUCGACAACAUCCAAGAGCUCUGCACAUAUUCUUCAAAUCCCACCCUCUCGAGUAAGCUCCAGAUUCAACUACCCAAUUCUUCCACCACCUAACCCCAUCCUGAUGGGACAAUUUAGGAAAGAGAAGACAAGAACGGUAACCCUGAGUUCUGGAAACGACCAGAAGAAUGAAGAUGAAGUUAAACCCACCGAGAAUCCGAAAGAGGAGAAGGAAAACGUGCCGGUGUAUACAAACGAGUUCAAUGUCAUCAGCCCGGAAUCCUUGGAGGGAGAGGUCAGCAUCAAAGACUGGUACAAGAAGAUUGUCAAGCUCAUGGUCAAGAAGAACAUGCCAGUGGCAGAAAUUAAAAAGAUGGUGGACAGACUGAAGCAGAUUAAGGAUGUCCACAAAACGCAGCCAAUCACCAUGCUUGAAAAACUAAGGAACUCGGAAAUGUCCCUGACAGAGUCAAACAGUGACAAUGCUGCCAUCUCCGACAACAGUUUGUCAUCGCAACCCACGACGUCUCCAACAACCAACGUCGUGUACCCAGAAGUAGAAAGACGACCAGCCGCCCCGGUAAACACGGCGUCUAGAAACAUGCUCUACCCAGACAUUGACCGACAACAACAAAGAGCUCGGGACAUCAGCGCCAUUCCGCCAAACAUCAACACCAUUCGGGGGCGCCCUGGACGACGUGGUUCUUCAGCAAAUAACCCAUACGUGGAUCAUUCCGAAGAUAACCAACUUACGCCCAAUGAACGCAGCGCUUUAUCAAUGAAAUUACGGAACUUCAUGGAGCUUAACCCACAAUUUCGGGUUCCUUUCGGUGCUGUAUUCCAUUAACUGUAUUCUUUCAAAAAAUCUCGACUGUCUUCUUUUGAAGAAUGAAAUAAUCGAAGGUGUGCUACCGCUUUCAAAAAUGAUAUUUUGAAUGAGGAACAUUGAUUUUUAUCCAUUUGAUAUUUAUUUUACAUGGCUUUCGCGUUUUAUAUCUAUUUUUAUUUCUGUGUCGUCUGCUUGUAAUCACAUCACGUGGUUACGAUUUUUCUGUGAUGCGCUUAUUUUUGUUAUUUAUUUCCAAAUGUUCAAACUUUACAAUGAGCAUUUUUAUUUUUUAUAUUUUUAUCUGAAUAAACCUAUCAAAA